ACUUACUAAGUGACCAAAACAUUUUUCUGUUUAGUUUUGUCAUGAAUGUUCUUUCUUAUUAUAUGAAAUAUUAGCAUUUUAUAAAUUUAAUUUUCUUCUAUUUAUAGAAAAACGACAAUUAUUUCUGUUCAGUAGAUAAAAAUAGAGAAUAAUGUGGAUUCACGUCAUUUUAAAAACAUAAUUGCAAUUUCUCUGAAGUAUUGCAGUAAUUAAACAAUUGUCAUUUUGUUUAUAAAAGAUCUUCUAUCUACAGUAAGGAUGAAAAAGCAAUUUCUGCGAGUAAAGCAGAUUGCAGAUCAAACAUUUUUAAGAGCUGAGAAAAGUGAUGUCCUGACAGAAGACUUAUUAAAUGCUGAGAAGAGAGUAGAAUCUAUUAAAUUGUCUUGCCAAGCUACUCAGAAGAAGAUAGCAGCAUGUCAAAUUGACUUUGGCUCUGAAACUUCUGUUGAAAAGCGCAUGAGGAAGAUACCUCAAGUUCUUCUUGGCACAUCAAUGCUAGAGAGUGGAAGCAGCUUUUCUAAGAACUCUGUGUUGGGUGAUACAUUACGUGAAUGUGCUUCUGUACAAACAAAAUUGGGCACUGAGCUUUUAGAUCACAAUAAUGAAGUUGAAAAACUAGUACUGAAACCUAUUUCUUCUGUAUUAGAUAAUGAAAUACACAACAUUAAUAAACUGCGCAAGCAGCUUGGUAAAUUAGUAUUGGACAUGGAUUCAGCUCGAACAAGAUUCCAAACUGCUGAGAAGCACAGCAUGCAAGCCUCAGUCAAUAACAACUUCAACACUGUGGGCAAGGUUGAUAAUUUGAAGGAGGAAUUAGAGGAUGCUUCUCAGAAAGUUGAUCAGUGCAGAGAUUUACUAGCUGCUGAAAUGUUUUCUCUCAUCAGUAAAGAACCACAGUUAGCACAGCUAUUUGUUAGUUUCCAUCAGUUGCAAGCUGCUUACCACCGCAAUGCUUUAACUGCUCUUGAAGCUUCUCUUCCUGUAUUAGAAAAAAACAUUCAUAACUUUCCCCAGAAACCUGUCUAUGGUUGUCCACUGGAUGAGCAUCUGAGAGUAACAAAUCGAGAAAUUGCCCAAGUUAUAGAAACAAGCAUUUCCUUUCUCUUGGAGUAUGGAAUCUUAGAAGAAGGAUUGCUGCGUAUUGCAGGAAGUGCUUCAAAACUUAAAAAGUUGAAGAAUGCAUUUGAUGCAGGAAUUGAACCUGAUUUAGUUGAAUUUAUUCGAGAUCCUCAUGUUGUAUCAGGAGCUCUGAAAUCCUACUUAAGAGAACUUCCAGAACCUCUUCUUACUAGUGCAUUAUAUGAUGAAUGGAUGAAUGCUGCUAAAAUUACCGAUUUUGAAGCCAAGUUGCAAGCAUUGUGGCAAGUUUUACAUAAAUUACCAAUAGUUAAUUUCAAAAAUUUAAGAUAUGUUAUAAAAUUCUUGUCUAAGGUGCUUGAAAAUGUGGAUACAAACAAGAUGUCUUCACAAAACAUAGCAAUUGUUAUGGCACCUAAUCUAAUAUGGUCUCCUUUAGAAGAUCCUUCUACUCUAGGAAUGAAUAUGUCAACUGCUAGUUUACAUACUUCCAUUAUUGAAACAUUGAUAUCAUUUUGUGAUUGGUUUUUUCAAGAAUCGGAAGAUGGCAGUUCUUCUGUGAUGCCUAGUCUGAACUGUAAUGAAGCAGAAGUCAAUGGGAAUAAUCUCCAAGUAAAUGGCAUGGACCCUUGUUCAAGUCCUCGUUCUCCUCAUAAGAGCUUGAAAAAGCCUACAGCUCCUCUGCCACCUUCCCCGAAACUGUCUGAUGCUCCUAUUGGAGAACUGAUUGAUCUCACUGAUAACAUUUUGUCUAAAGAAUGUACUUCAGCUUCUGAAGAGGCAAAAGAAAGAACAAUUCCUAUUGAAGUAUUGAGACGACCUAAUGAAAAUGUUAUCUCACUUUCUGGUGAAGCUGUUGCUUUUCGACCAGAGAAACCUGCCAUUCCAGAUAAGCCAAGCUACUCUUCUUGUUCCUUGGAUCGCAAGUCUUUGCGGCAAUCUGUAAACAAUCCUCGUCUGUCUCGGACGAGUGGCAAUCGUUUAGCUGAUUCAAUGACCCGAAGCCACAUUGAGAGACCAUCUGUCCCACCCCCAGAACGACCUGUGAAGGGUUCUAAAUUUUCUAGCUCUGAAAAUUUGACAUCCCUUGCAGAACAUACAAAGCCUUCAAAGGCUGACUUGGAAGUUCAACUGGAUGCCUGCCAACAACUUGGUGAGAAUAACACUGCAGCAGGCCUGCAGCAUUCAAGGUCUACUUCAAAAAUAAAUCGAUUUGACUUUCUAGUAAACCAGAAAGAAGAAAAACCACCUGAGCGACCUCCUCGGGUAAUGGUAGCUGCUGGUGAGCCCUCAGAAAACAAAUCGGACUUUUCUCAAUUAAGUUCGAGCUCUUUUCCCAUAAAUCCUCGUCCUGGAGAAAUGGAGAAACCUAAACCACCAAGACCUCAACCUCCUGUACCUGUCAAACCAAAACAAUUAGUACAGAAUGAAAAUACUAAUUUAUAAGAAUGACUUGGAGAUUGGGAAGAUUUGUUAUUCCAUGCUAGUCAUUGAACUUGGGAAAAUGCUUAUUCCCAACAUUCUCAUUUAAAGCCAAGAGAGAACCUGUUGUAAAGAUGUGACCUUGUUAUACUACUUGGACUUUGUUGUAAAUAAUGAAAAUUUUAAAAUUUUGUUGCUAUUUCGAUUUUACAACCCAGGAACUAGUGGUUGGAUUUGAAGAAUAAUAUUUUAUACUAACUGCAGAUAGUUGAAUGGUUUUGGCCUUCUUUAAUAUUAUUUUUUAAUGCAAACUGUUGAAUCUGCUUUUAUUUAUAUGAUGAAACAGUGAAUUACACUGAUUAUAGAGUUGAAAAUUAGAGUGAAAAAUUUCUAUUUUUAAAUUUUUUUCUAAUUGAAAUUGUUAUGCUUUACUUAAUUUAAUCCGCUUGAAUAUACAAAGUCAUAUUUUUGAUUACUUGCAUUAAAUAUAUAUAUAUAUAUAUUUCAAGAAUUGGAAACUCGUUAUUUUGAAGGGAAAUUU